CGCGCCGCGCCCCCGCGCCCCUGGCUUGCGGGGGGCCGGGCCCGUGGGUGGCCGCCGCGCCGCGCACCCAUGGACGGCCCGGCCAUCAUCACCCAGGUGACCAACCCCAAGGAGGACGAGGGCCGGGCGCCGGGCGCGGGCGAGAAAGCAUCCCAGUGCAAUGUCAGCAUAAAGAAACAGAGGAAUCGCAGCAUCCUCAGCUCCUUCUUCUGCUGCUUCCGUGAUUAUAAUGUGGAGGCCCCGCCAGCCAGCAGCCCUAAUGUGCUUCCACCACUGGUAGAGGAGAAUGGUGGGCUUCAGAAGGGUGACCAGAGGCAGGUCAUUCCCAUACCAAGUCCACCAGCUAAAUACCUCCUUCCAGAGGUGACGGUGCUUGACUAUGGAAAGAAAUGUGUGGUCAUUGAUUUAGAUGAGACAUUGGUGCACAGUUCAUUUAAGCCUAUUAGUAAUGCUGAUUUUAUUGUUCCGGUUGAAAUCGAUGGAACUAUACAUCAGGUUUAUGUGCUAAAGCGGCCACAUGUGGAUGAGUUCCUCCAGAGGAUGGGGCAGCUCUUUGAAUGUGUGCUCUUUACUGCCAGCUUGGCCAAGUAUGCAGACCCUGUGGCUGACCUCCUAGACCGCUGGGGUGUGUUCCGGGCCCGACUCUUCAGAGAAUCGUGUGUUUUCCAUCGUGGGAAUUAUGUGAAAGACCUGAGUCGCCUUGGACGGGAACUGAGUAAAGUGAUCAUUGUCGACAAUUCUCCUGCCUCGUACAUCUUCCAUCCUGAGAAUGCAGUGCCUGUGCAGUCCUGGUUCGAUGACAUGACGGACACAGAGCUGCUGGACCUCAUCCCCUUCUUUGAGGGCCUGAGCCGGGAAGACGACGUGUACAGCAUGCUGCACAGACUCUGCAAUAGGUAGCCCCGGCCUCUGCCUGCCUCCCGCCUGUGCACUCUGGAACCUCUGGCCUUGGGAACCUGCCUGGCCUCAGCUCCCUGGGAGCUGAAAGUGAGGACACUCCAUACUCCAGACCACUGGGUGAAUGUGGCCAUACCUACCUGUUUUAUUUUUUAAGAACAGAAACAACUAUUUUAAAAUGAACUCUUUUAACAAAUUUCAUAAAGGGACAUGCAUUUUACUGGAUUUGCUUUUCUUAAAACAUACCAAAAAGAAAAAAAUGGAGGAAAAAAAAAAAAGCUUGAUAUCUAUCAGACUUCCUUUCAACUGUCCUCCCCUCCAAGCAGACAACCUGUCCCCUUCUAUCCCAGCUCAGAGCAGCUGACCCAACUCAGAAUCUCUUUCCUAAAGGAUGAAGUGCCUUUUUGAAUGUUAUUUUAAGCUGAGAGUUAAUUUUUCUACACAACAUAUUUCCAGACAUCUUUUAGUCUUUUAUUGUCUUAGAUUCUCUAAGAAGAUAAAUAUGACAAUUUUCUAGAACCUAGGGAGCAGGGGGUGGCGAGGGAUGGGAGCGAAUCAUAGGAGCCUGUCUCCCGACAGGUGUGACUGCUCUGACAACCUGUGGCGCGCUGCAGGGUCAGGCUCCUGAUGGGAGGUUUUGUGACUGUGUCAGUGUCUCCAUUCGUUUCUGACCCAGUUUGGAAUGUAUCUGCAAUUGUCUGGCUCAACAAUUUAGGAAACAAUAGAGUCUUUUAUAUUAUUAUUAUGAUUUCUGACGGUGACAAAUCUGUCUCGAGGUCACAUUUUCCUCUUUAAAGGUGGCAUCAUGUCACUUCUGCUUUCACACUACUGCCAUACUUCUGUAAUUUUUUUGCGUUGUUGUUUUGGGUAGAGCAGUUAUGAGAGACUCUAAAACCCUUGGAUAUUAAAAAAAAAAAAUCUGUUUAUUGAUUUUUAAAUCUUUCCUUUCCAAAAGCUAGAUACACACGGAGGUGUUUGGGAAUUUUCUUUGCUGCUACCGCGCUGCCACCAAAUGGAAUUGACCAGCGGCUGUUACACUGUUCUUUGCCACUGUGCCUAUGCUCAGAAUCUGCUCACUGCUAAGCUGCAAACAUGGACAGGGUCAGAAACAUAGGUGUCCCACCCCAUUGCAGACUGCACCAGCUGUAUCUUGUCCCUGGCCCUGGCCAUGGGAGUUCAGAAGGGUACAAAGACAAAAGGGCCAGCGUACCACACAGGUGUGGCAUUAAUUUUCAACUGCAGUCAACAUCAGAUCCUGUGAUAAGCUGACUGUUCUCUCAUGAGAACCUGUGGCCUCAACCAGCCACCACGCUGAUGUGGCCCAAGUCCAUCUCUUGGUCUUCUCUUUUGAAGCACAGCUUAUUUCUGAGCCGAGGGUUGGGGAAGCCCCUCUAGAUGUGAGGCUCAUCGCCCCAAGCCAGGGAGAGGCUCUCUCCCUGAGCCAGGGCUCCUUCUGCAGCCUUUCCCAGUGAGAUGUUUUAAGCAGUGCCAUGUUCCUUGUUCGACAACAAGGCAGUCUAUAAAGUCUUGCUCUUAAAAAUAAUUUAAAAGAACCCUUUUUUGUUGGCACCAUUGCCUUAGUCCUCUGUGGGUUGGGCCUCUGCCAGAGUUCUGGUGGGAGCGACUGGCACUAACAAGACUGGAAAUUGGGGGUUGAAGUAAAAUUUCUUUUUUGCUUUCAUUCAUAAAAUAAUGAAGCCAGCUGCCAAUCACGUCCUCCCAAUAGCACUUUGGUGUGUGGACUGCCGUGCAUUCAGAAGAGAAGUAAGUAUUCAGGGGUAACCAGGUCUCCCAACAUUCUGAGUGUUCCAAACCCGGUAAUCCACAUGCCAAUUAAAAUAGAAACAGCCCUUGUUAGGCAUUACCAUAGAUAAUGACAGUUACAUGGCAGAUCUGCACAUGCCAUAAACCUUGAUUUAGAAGACCAGUCAUUAAUGAACCCUCUGCCUUAAAUGUCAUGAAUGUUGCAGUCAGGUGUUUGUCAUCUGUUGAAAUCCACACAGAAAUCAGUCCUGAUGAGAGCCUUAGACCCUUACCCAUGCCGCCUUCCUUGUUGGCAUCACAAGGUCUUAUUUGGAAUAGGGGGCAGAGAGGACUGAAAAUUCUAGAAUAUUUCAGGGGAAUCAAACCUAGGAAUAUGCCCCACUUCUGACAGAUGAAGUAAAGACACUUGGCAGGCUUGAGCCAGAUGUUCACCUAGUAGUUCCUGAAACCGUGAGUGCCAUUGCACUAACCCAGUGUGGAGCUGUUGGGAAUGGAGCCCGGUUCCUGCCACCACAGACACAGAAUGUCUCAGGAGGGCCAGCACACCUUCUGAGGGUUCUGGAUUCUGUGCACCUUAUUUGACCAUACUCCAAAAUCCUGUUUUUAUUUUAAUCCUUGAUUCUGCUUUAUGUACAUAUUCAAAAUAUCUAUAUCUAUAUUUUUAAUCAUAUACAUGUAAAUGAAGCAAUAGAAUUCUAACAUAAGGCCAAGAAAUGAGAUGAAUGUUUGGGGUUUAUGUUUUUUAAGGUAAAUACGGGUAUUGUUUUUAAUUAUUACCUUUUAUUAAAUUGUGGGCUUUAAAACCUAAUGAAACUUCUUAACUAUUUCUAUGUGCCAUAUACUUCCCAUGUUACCAAAACAUUCCCCAACUCUUUAGCCAAAAGAGAAAUCUGACCUCCUGAGAUUCCAUGGUCCUUUCUGUACCGGUUAAAAUAUAGUUUCCUGGACAAGUAUUUUUUACAUUAAGAUCUGGAACAGGGUACCUUGGGUCAUGGACUCCGGCCCCUGUGAUGUUACAACAUCUCUGGCCAGGCCUCGAGUGGAGGUGCCCAGGCACAUCCAAGAUUGUUACUGCUCUGUCUUUCAUUGCUCUGGAAUCCUACGUGUUGGUCUGUGGUUUCACCCAUUAGCUGUUUGUAAACAAUUCAUUUGUAUAAUAAAAAGGAACACCACCUGUCAUGGCUGAUGGUUGGUGGGGAAGCUCCUUUGACAUGGUGCAAUUUUGAUGAGAUGACUUUGGAGACAUGAGGAUGCCCUAAUGACACUGUCUUGUCAUGGUUGCAGCAUUUGAACUUUUGAUAUAAAAAAGAAAUCUGUAAGUGUAUAUAACCUGGCAACAUUUUACACCCCUAUAUUUUAAAGAUGGCUUUCUAAUAAAAUCCAAAACAACACAGCCCUAUGGUCAAA